CAAUCAUUUUGUUGGAGAAAUAAAAAACGAUCAUUUGACAACCAAUUUAGUAAUACGGAUAUAGGACACACAGUGUCAUUUAUGGUUAGACAUAACUUUAAUAUCAGUAACAAUAUCCGAUUUUCGUAUAAGUAUUUAUUACCCACAAAUGAAUCCGAGGAUUAUCCUCCUGACGGC